AUGCACUCAGAAGCGAUAAUUGUACCUCCCCACGAUGGCUACCCCCUGUUCUUGACUGCUAAAAGAUACUGGUCAUCCUCCCCUGCAUCUCAAGGUUCGGAUGCAUUGACGCUGCUGUGCCUCCAUGGAACGAGCUUUCACAAAGAGAGCUGGGAGCCAACUUUGGAAAAGAUUUUCGAUCUUGCUUCUUUUGGCGGUUCAGUGCGGAUCCGGGAGGCGUGGACGCUGGAUUGUCCCAAUCAUGGUGCAUCAGCAGUGCUGAACGAGGGGGUGUUGCAGACACCAGAAUUCUAUCUGAAAUUCAGCUGCGAGAAAUACGCCCAGGCGGCGCAUCGCUUCUUAUUAUCUAAAUCUGCGCAUGGCAUCGACUUUAGAACGCGCAACCUUGUGGGUGUAGGGCAUUCACUUGGAGGGGUGGCAAUGACAAUGCUGCAGUAUAUGUCACCUACGAUCCCUUUCUUGUCGAUAAUACUUGUCGAACCGCUUUUGAGUCCAGCGGGUGCUGAUCAUCUAAAAAAGUUACGCUCCAUUCUUAUCAAGGGCGCAUACGAACGUCGGGACGUAUGGCCAGACCUCACGACGGCCAUGGUCUCCCUCAAGAGGCGUGAUCGGACGAAGAAGUGGGAUCCGAGGAUCCAACAGCUGUUUAUUCAACAUGCCAUCCGACCGCAUCCGGGUUCUUAUCAUGUUGAAAACCCUUACACGGGCUUUUCACUUGCUUGUACGAGGGAUCAAGAAGCGGCCAUGUAUCGAGAUCCAGAAGGUGCUACUAAGCCUAUAGGCGACUUGAAUAGAGCUUGCGCGAGUCGGCCAGUGCAUCUAGUGUUGGGUGGUAUCCAUGAUUUCUUACCGAAACGAGUGCAUGAGGCAAUUGUUGAUCCUAGUUCCGGACGACCCUUCGCUUCUAUCACUACAAUUCCAGAGUCUGGCCAUCUGGUACCGCAAGAGCAACCCGAUAAACUAGGAGAAAUAAUAUUUAAUGCGCUGGUUUCAAACGGAACGCCACCAGGACGAUCGAAGUUGUAA